AUGCACCUAUCUCCUGCUACCUCGCUGACGCUGUGCUUGGCCCUGCUACUGCUCAUUCCCCAAACCAGGUCCACCACGACUACAGGCGCUCCGAACGCGGCGGCGCCCUGCGCGCCGGCGUGGUGCGGGGACCUGGCCAUCGCCUACCCGUUCUGGCUCGCCGGCACGCAUCCGCCGGAGUGCGGCGGCCACCAAGCCUUCCAGGUAACAUGUGACAACGCCACCGCCUACUUCAAGAACUCGCUCUGGACCUACCGAAUCCAGGCCAUCUUCUACGAAAUGAAGCGUAUAAGAGUCACCAACGCCGACCUGUUGGAUGGCGCUUGCAACGUCGACAAGUUGGCCAACGCCUCCUCCGUCGUCGACCCGUUCUACGUUAGCUCCGAAAUGAACCAGGAGCUCUUCUUCCUCCACGGCUGCAACCUGCGGGCACAGCAGCUGCCUCCUUCUUGGGCGCCACUGCGCUGCGCGAAUGGCUCCUUCGCCUGGCUUUCUGGCCAGUACAGGCCCGACGACGACUCGAUGACACUGCCGGGGAACUGCAACGUGUCGAUGGUGCCGGUGAUGGCAUACGAUGGGGCGACGGGGUCGGACUAUCAGCGGCUCGUGGAGGGAGGGUUUAUGCUUGAGUACUUCCCGGAGGGCUGCGAGGGUUGCCGCUGCCCCGACGGCGUCACCUGCGGAACAACCGAGAGGGCCCACAGGAAGAUUACAAUAAUAGGAUCAACAGCAGCAGCUGCAAGCUUACUCGUUCUAUGUAUUUGUGUGCUGAUAUGGAAGAGGAAGGUGAAACAACUAUGGUUUCUCCUUGGCACAAAGACCAUGUACACCACUGAAAGGAACACCGAGGCUCUAAUAGCAUCACAUGGAUCCCUAGCUCCAAAAAGAUACAGGUACACAGAGGUAGCGAAUAUUACUUCUUCUCUCAAUAACAAGCUUGGAGAAGGUGGUUAUGGAACAGUUUUCAAAGGGAGGCUAUAUGACGGUCGCCUGGUUGCUGUGAAAUUCUUGCACGAGUGCAAAGCAAAUGGUGAUGAAUUCGUGAACGAGGUUAUGAGCAUCGGAAGGACGUCUCAUGUUAAUAUUGUCAGCCUAUUUGGGUUUUGUUUGGAGCGCACAAAAAGAGCUCUCAUAUAUGAGUACAUGCCUAAUGGUUCUUUGGAUCAGUAUAUUUAUUCUGAGAACCCCAAAGAAACCUUAGGGUGGCAAAAGCUCUAUACAAUAGCAAUUGGGAUUGCUCGUGGCCUAGAAUACUUGCACCAUAGUUGUAAUACACGGAUUGUCCACUUCGAUAUCAAGCCUCAAAACAUCCUUCUAGAUCAGGACUUUUGCCCAAAGAUUUCUGAUUUUGGUUUAGCUAAAUUGUGUCAUACCAAGGAGAGUAAGCUUUCAAUGACCGGUGCUAGAGGAACAAUUGGAUUCAUUGCUCCUGAAGUCCAUUCUCGAACCUUUGGAGUUGUUUCAACAAAAUCAGAUGUUUAUAGUUAUGGAAUGAUGUUGCUAGAGAUGGUUGGAGGCAGAAAAAACGUGAAAUCGAUGGCUCAAAAGUCAAGUGAAAAGUAUUUUCCACACUGGAUUUAUGACCACUUUACCGAAGAUGAUGGGUUACAGGCUUGUGAGGUCACAAGUGAGGCUGAUGAAAUUGCCAAAAAGAUGACUUUGAUUGGUUUUUGGUGCAUACAAGUAUUACCUGUGCAUCGCCCUACAAUAACCAAGGUUUUAGAAAUGUUUGAAAGAGGAUUAGACAGUUUGGACAUGCCCCCAAGACAAAACUUCAGCCAAAUACUCGAAGAUUCAGUUUACAGACUGGAUACAGAAAGCAGGAGUCCCAGCAGUUCUACCAAAACACAAGGUUCUUUUGAGGAGAUAAACCUUGGGAAUGGGAAAAUUCUAUGACAUCUGUAAAACUAACACUUCAAGACAUAGAGCUUUAAAGAUGGAUCUGCAGACCUUCCCAUCUAAAGUCAUGCUCAAUAGGUCAUUUAGGAUUAUGAAAAAAUCUCCUGUAAACUAAAGAAUGAUUAUGAAACUUCCACAAAUGUAUGCAGCGCGUGGCAGGAGUGUUCUUGUCAUGCCCAUAUACUAUUACUCCAGUAACUUCACAAUCAGGCCAAACUGCAGAAGGCUCAUACAUAAAAGUAUUGUGUGUGACUUGGUCAGCGCUCCCAUGUUGGAAUUCUCAUGCACCUGCCAGGACGUCCACGGCAGCUGAAUGUGA